CUUCACGCCGGCCGCUGGGCGGGCGCGCACGCCGAGUGACGCUCGGAGGAGGAAGCGCAGCCCACCUUCCCCUCCCUUGCCGCCCCGGGCCCAGCGGGAGCCCCCCAGUGCGCCUGUGCGGAGGCCUGCUUGAUUAUGUGUGCCCUCUCCGGGCUCCAGCGUUAGCCACCGGGUGGAGAUGGUCUCUAGCGACCGGCCCGUGUCACUGGAGGACGAGGUCUCCCAUAGUAUGAAGGAGAUGAUUGGAGGCUGUUGCGUUUGCUCAGACGAGAGAGGCUGGGCCGAGAACCCGCUGGUUUAUUGCGACGGGCACGGCUGCAGCGUCGCGGUGCAUCAAGCUUGCUAUGGCAUUGUUCAAGUACCUACUGGACCAUGGUUUUGCAGGAAAUGUGAAUCUCAGGAGAGAGCAGCCAGAGUGAGAUGUGAACUGUGUCCUCAUAAGGAUGGAGCUUUAAAAAGAACAGAUAAUGGGGGUUGGGCUCAUGUGGUUUGUGCCCUAUAUAUUCCAGAGGUACAAUUUGCCAAUGUUUCUACAAUGGAACCAAUCGUUUUACAGUCUGUCCCACAUGAUCGUUAUAAUAAGACUUGCUACAUUUGUGAUGAACAAGGAAGAGAAAGCAAAGCAGCCACUGGAGCUUGCAUGACAUGUAAUAAACAUGGUUGUAGACAGGCUUUCCAUGUGACAUGUGCUCAGUUUGCAGGACUGCUUUGUGAAGAAGAAGGGAAUGGUGCAGAUAAUGUCCAAUAUUGUGGCUACUGUAAAUACCAUUUUAGUAAGCUGAAAAAGAGCAAACGGGGAUCUAAUAGGUCAUAUGAUCAAAGUUUAAGUGAUUCUUCCUCUCACUCUCAGGAUAAACAUCAUGAGAAAGAAAAAAAAAAAUAUAAAGAAAAGGACAAACAUAAGCAAAAACACAAGAAGCAGCCAGAGCCAUCACCUGCGUUGGUUCCUUCCUUGACUGUAACUACAGAAAAAACUUACACAAGCACUAGCAGCAACUCUAUAUCCGGAUCAUUGAAGCGGUUGGAAGAUACUGCAGCACGAUUUACAAAUGCAAAUUUUCAGGAAGUUUCUGCGCAUACAACUAGUGGAAAAGAAGUUUCAGAAGCUAGAGGGUCAGAGGGCAAAGGGAAGAAAUCUUCAACUCACAGCUCAGGUCAAAGGGGAAGAAAGCCUGGCGGAAGAAAUCCGGGAACAACUGUGUCAGCAGCUAGCCCUUUCCAACAAGGCAGUUUUUCAGGAACUCCAGGCAGUGUAAAAUCAUCUUCGGGAAGUUCAGUACAGUCUCCCCAGGAUUUCUUGAGUUUUACAGACUCAGAUCUACGUAAUGACAGUUAUACUCACUCCCAACAGUCAUCAUCAACCAAAGAUGUACAUAAAGGAGAGUCUGGAAGCCAGGAAGGGGGGGUAAAUAGUUUUAGUUCCAUAAUUGGUCUCCCUUCGACCUCAGCUGUUAUUUCACAACCUAAAAGCUUUGAAAACUCACCUGGAGAUUUGGGUAAUUCCAGCCUUCCCACAGCAGGAUAUAAGCGGGCUCAAACUUCUGGCAUAGAAGAAGAAACUGUAAAGGAAAAGAAAAGAAAAGGAAAUAAACAAAGUAAGCAUGGGCCUGGUAGACCCAAAGGAAACAAAAAUCAAGAGAAUGUUUCUCAUCUCUCAGUUUCUUCUGCUUCACCAACAUCAUCUGUAGCAUCAGCUGCAGGAAGUAUAACAAGCUCUAGUCUUCAGAAAUCUCCUACAUUGCUCAGGAAUGGAAGUUUACAAAGUCUUAGUGUUGGCUCAUCUCCAGUUGGUUCAGAAAUUUCCAUGCAGUAUCGGCAUGAUGGAGCUUGUCCAACAACUACUUUCUCAGAGUUGCUGAAUGCAAUACAUAAUGGUAUUUAUAACAACAAUGAUGUAGCAGCAUCAUUUCCAAAUGUAGUGUCUGGCUCAGGAUCUAGUACUCCUGUUUCCAGUUCUCAUUUACCUCAGCAGUCUUCUGGGCAUUUGCAACAAGUGGGAGCUCUGUCCCCAUCAGCAGCAUCAUCUGCAACCCCUGCUGUUGCUACAACUCAGGCAAAUACCCUAUCUGGAUCUUCUCUCAGUCAGGCACCGUCUCAUAUGUAUGGCAAUAGGUUAAAUCCAAAUUCUUCGAUGGCUGCUCUAAUUGCUCAGUCUGAAAACACUCAGACAGAUCAGGAUCUUGGAGACAAUAGCCGCAGCCUUGUUGGCAGAGGAAGCUCUCCCCGGGGAAGUCUCUCACCAAGAUCUCCUGUAAGCAGCUUACAGAUUCGCUAUGAUCCACCAGGCAACAGCAGUUUGGAAAACCUGCCUCCAGUAGCAGCCAGCAUAGAACAACUUUUGGAGAGGCAGUGGAGUGAAGGACAGCAAUUUUUACUAGAACAGGGUACUCCUAGUGACAUUUUAGGAAUGCUGAAGUCAUUACACCAACUUCAAGUUGAAAAUCGAAGAUUAGAGGAACAAAUUAAAAACCUAACUGCCAAAAAGGAACGCCUUCAGUUACUGAAUGCACAGCUCUCAGUGCCUUUUCCAACAAUAACAACAAAUCCUAGUCCAUCUCAUCAAAUUCAUGCAUUUUCAGCACAGAAUGCUCCUACUACUGAUUCCUUGAACAGCAGUAAGAGCCCUCAUCUAGGAAACAGCUUUUUACCUGAUAAUUCUCUUCCUGUAUUAAAUCAGGACUUAACCUCCAGUGGACAAAGCACCAGCAGCUCAUCAGCUCUUUCUACGCCGCCUCCUGCUGGGCAGAGCCCCGCUCAGCAGGGCACAGGCGUUAGUGGAGUGCAGCAGGUCAACGGUGUGACAGUGGGGGCGCUGGCUGGUGGAAUGCAGACUGUAACAUCCACCAUUCCUGCAGUGCCUGGAGUGGGUGGGAUAAUUGGAGCUUUGCCAGGUAACCAACUGGCAAUUAAUGGCAUUGUAGGAGCUUUAAAUGGUGUUAUUCAGACCCCUGUCACAAUAUCCCAGAACCCUACCCCCCUAACACACACAACUGUACCACCUAAUGCAACUCAUCCAAUGCCAGCUACACUAACUAACAGUGCCUCAGGACUAGGAUUACUUUCUGACCAGCAAAGACAAAUAUUUCUUCAUCAACAGCAAUUUCAGCAAUUGUUAAAUUCUCAACAGCUCACGCCAGAGCAACAUCAAGCCCUUCUGUAUCAGUUAAUGCAACAACAUCACCACCAGCAGCACCACCAGCCUGAAUUACAGCAGCUGCAGAUCUCUGGACCAACACAAAUACCAAUAAACAACCUACUUGCAGGUACUCAGGCGCCACCACUGCACCCAGCUACCACCAACCCAUUUCUCACCAUCCAUGGCGAUAGUGCAAGUCAGAAAGGAACAAGACUUAGUGAUAAAACCGGGCCUGUUGCUCAGGAGAAAAGUUGACAGUUGAGAAACAUCUAGAAAUUGCCUGUCCUGCUGUUCUAGCACUUCAUCUGGCUGCUGUUGCAGUCCUCUUACUACACCUAUGAAGAAAUGCAGCAAGAAACUAACCGCACAACAAAAGAUUAAUUGCCACAAGGACAUUCUUGUAAGGCUUUGAUUAAUUUUCUUGUUGCUUUGUUGCACUGAAAUGGAAUUCCCAUAUCCCCCAUCCCUCACCCAGAUUUUUUGAACUUUGAAAAAAAAAAAAACAAAACUAACUUUUGUCAGUGAAAUAAUUUACAUGCAAUGAGUUUAUCAAUCUAAGAGAAAUUUAAUAUAGUGGUGCAUAAUUAAUUUUGUUACAAAUUGGAGAGAUGAAUAGUAAAACUAAAGACUUAUUCCACUUAUAAAGUAUUCAAUUUUAUUGUACAAGUUGGAAUAUGAAAAUAUAUUUUGUUUUGGUAACAGUGUGCUUACUCUGUGAGUCAAAACUUAAAUUUCAAGGAACUGUCAAAUUUCUUCUGCAGUUUUAUUGGUUUGUUGCAAAUAAAUAGAUCAUCAACUGGAACUUUGCAAUCUUUGUUACAAAAAUUUCCUUUCUAAUGGGAUCUGGCAAUUUUGGUAAUCAAGUUAGGAUGGUAAUAUGUCUGCCUCUGCUAAAGGUAAUUUUCUUUUGCUAAAUGCUUUUUCUUUAAUAUUAAGACCUACCCAUAUUUCAAAGAAACUUUGAGUUACGUGAGUUCUAGGCUGCUGGGGGAACCAGAUCAAUUCAAAGUGAAAGACUUCUUUCAGAAACGAGGGCCACUCUGGAAACUGAUGGUAGGGUUUGGCCUGCAUCAAGUGCCUGUAAGUACCGUCAUAGUGUUGAAAUGGCUCUAGACAGCUGAGCUUGCACUAUAUUAUAGUCAGUCCUUGUGAGUAGUAAGAAUAGUCAGCGUUGCACCAGCAGCCUUCCCCAUGAUUCUGCCUUUAUUAAAAAUUUUCUAUGCCACCAUAGAUAGCUCAGGCAAAACUGUUACCUGGGUAUUUAUCCACUAAUGAGUCACAAGAAAAAUGAGUGGAUUUGAUAAGGAUUUUUGUUUUUUAAUUUAAAUAACUUUCCAUUACUGACAGUGAUUUCAAACAAAAAAGACAACCCACCACUACAAUUUCUGAAACAGGUGAAAUCUGUAUUACAGCCCUUCCACUUUGGGUCGCCACACUACUGGUAUGAGAGUGUGGCAGUGUAUAGAUUAAACAAUUGGGGACGUAAUCAUUGAACUGUACUUAAAUGUGUGAACUAUUAGUGGAAAAGACCCAGCUAUAAUUAGACCUCCACUGUGUACUUAGGUAGAAGAACAUGUUAAUUCUGCAAUAUGUCUCUUGGUUAAACAUUGCACAGUUCUUACCUCAUUUCUGUAAAUAAGGUUUUGUGAAUCUGUUUUGUAUUGUGAAAAAUUCACAAGAUAACAUUGAUAUUUUGAUUUGUAAUAUUUCUAAUUGGUAGAUUUAAUUAAAAAGUAAAAUUAAUUUAUUUUUAUAUGUUCAGGGGAAUUUUAAAGAAAGUCAAAUCUUUUGUA